CUGUUAGACGAAUUAGAAGACGAUGAUCUCAACAUUCCAGCACACAUCAGAGAAGCUCGCAUGGCCGAAUUCAAGAAAGCAACUGAGAGACUUAACGAGAUGAAGCAAAGCCAGCAUGGAGAUUACAAUGAAAUACUCGAAGAAAAACAGUUCUUGGAUACAACAAUAGCAGAAGAAAGAUGCAUAGUUCACUUCUUCCAUCCAGAUUUCAGGAGGUGUGCCAUCAUGGAUGGUCAUUUAAAAAACCUGGCACAGAAACAUUUUGAAAGUCGUUUCAUUAAAAUAAAUGCUGAAAAAGCCAAGUUUUUUGUCACAAAAUUAAAAGUAUAUGUCCUACCUACAGUCUUGUGCUUCAAGAAAGGUGUGGUAGUUGACAGGUUAAUCGGGUUUGACGAUUUGGGCAACACAGAUGACUUCACUACAGGUGUUUUAGAAAACCAUCUAUCAAAAUCAGGUUGUUAA